AUGGCGCGCUUCCUCUUCGUCGCCUGCACUCUCCUACUCGUCUCUGCAGUCGCUCGGGCGGGGAUCGUCAAGUACACAUUCAAUGUGUGUAAUGAUGCCCAUUUAAUAUCUUCUUCUUCUUCUGCUUCUUCUUCUCGUCUGGCUCUCAUGUGCUCGCUCGUGUCGAUUCGUUGAGGUCAUGGAGUGAUGACUUGAACUGGUUCUGCAACUCCAGGUUUCUGAGAUGAAGAUCCGGAGGCUGUGCCAAGAGAGGACAAUCGUGACCGUGAACGGGCUCUUCCCGGGGCCGACCAUCAAUGCCCGGGAGGGCGAUGCCGUCGUCAUCCGCGUCGUCAACCAGUCCCCGUAUAACAUGAGCAUCCACUGGUAGUUGAUCUGAUCUCGCCAUGAAACAGAGUUCACCGAAAUCUGUCCGAGCUCUCAUCUGACGAUUGUGGCUCGUCGGCCAGGCACGGGAUAUUCCAACUCCUGAGCGGCUGGGCAGACGGCCCGAGUUACGUGACGCAGUGCCCGAUCCGCCCCGGAAACAGCUACACCUACAGGUUCAAGAUCGUAGGCCAGGAGGGCACCCUCUGGUGGCACGCCCACGUCUCCUUCCUCCGGGCCACUGUCCACGGCGCCCUCAUAAUUUUGCCCAGGGCCGGCACCAAGGCCUACCCCUUCCCCAAGCCCUACAGGGAGGUCCCCAUCCUUCUCGGUGCGUCGUAUUCGAACGAACUCGCCCUCGCUGACAACAUAAACCUACGCUCCUAGAGAGUUUGACAGACUCGAGGUAUGUAGGUGCAUUAUCGAUAAAACACGGGUUCCUCAACGGUCAAAGUGUCUUGCUUCUUCAGGAGAGUGGUGGAACGCCAACGUUGUGGACGUCGAGGAUGAAGCCCUCACCACCGGCCGCAGCGCGAACAUUUCCGACGCCUUCACCAUCAACGGCAGCCCCGGCGACCUCUACCCUUGCUCCAGCGACCGUGAGUCGCCUGACUGAGACGAUUAAAUAGCUAAACCUCCUUGAGUUUCUUGUGGGAGGGGGGGCGGGGAGGUCAAUGGUGAAGAAAAAAGCUCGCGUUUUUUUGCCUUUCUCAGAUACCUUUAAACUCGCGGUGCUUCCGGGGAAGACGUACCUGCUGAGGAUCAUCAACUCUGCACUCAAUUCUCAGCUCUUCUUCAAGAUCGCUGGGCACUCCCUCACGGUGGUCGCCAUCGACGCUGCCUACACCACCCCGUACCGCACCGAGGUGGUGGUGCUCGCCCCCGGGCAGACCAUCGACGCCCUGCUGGCCGCCGACGCACCGCCCGCCUGCUACUACAUGGCGGCCAACGCCUACGACUCCUUGCAGAUCGUGCCCUUCGACAACACGACGACCACCGGAAUCCUCUAUUACGCGUCGGCGGGGCUCCCGUCGUCUCCCCCCGUGAUGCCCCUCAUGCCGGCCUUCAACGACACACCCACAGCUCACCGCUUCUACAGCAACCUCACUGGGCUCCUCUACAAGGGCACGCCGCCGGUUCCCCUGCAGGUGGACGAGAGGAUGUUCAUCACCAUAGGGAUGAACCUCGUCCCCUGCGACCACGGCGGCGCCGGCUGCCUCGGGCCCUUUGGGGAGAAGUUCGCUGCCAGCAUGAACAACGUAUCCUUCCAGCUUCCCUCGAAGAUGUCGCUGCUGCAGGCGCACUUCUCAGGGGUCCCGGGGAUCUACACGCUGGACUUCCCAGACCGCCCCCCGGCGGCCUUCGACUACAGCAACCGUGAGCUUCAGAAGAACCUGGAGCUGCUGCAAACGGCCAAGGCGACAAGGGUGAAGCGGCUCAAGUACAACUCCACGAUGGAGAUCGCGUUUCAGAACACGGCCUUGCUGGGGGCGGAGAGCCACCCGGUGCACCUCCACGGCUUCAACUUCUUCGUCCUGGCGCAGGGCUUCGGCAACUACGAUCCGGCCGAGGCGGAGAAGCUCUUCAACCUGGUGCACCCCCAGGUGCGCAACACCAUCGCCGUCCCCGUCGCUGGCUGGGCCGUCAUCCGCUUCGUCGCCAACAACCCCGGUGAGCCCUUUUCCUUCCCCAAGCUCGCAAGGAAGCUCGGGGAGACGACUUUCCUGUUUGACUUGCUCUCUCUCUCUCUCUCUCUUUCUCUCUCUCUCUUCACCACAGGUGUGUGGGUAAUGCACUGCCACCUCGACACACAUCUUCCCUACGGAUUGGCGACGGUCUUUUUAGUGGAGAACGGGCCCACCGCCGCCUCCACUCUGCCGCCGCCGCCAAAGGACCUUCCCCGCUGCUAG